AUGGUGGGCUACUCCAUCAACGGCCUGCGCACGUCCACGCUGCCGUUCGAGGAGACCGGCACGGCCAGGUCGACGCAGAUGGUGCGCCUCGCGUUCGGCCGCGAGGAGACGACGCGCCUGCUCGAUGCGUGCAAGGAGAACGGGGUGAAGCUUUGCUCGGCCAUGGCUGCGGCGACGUUGCUGGCUGCACGGCAGUCGAAGAAGCUGGACAGUGGCCAGCAGGAGACGUACUCUGUGGCGACCCUGAUCAACUGCCGCCAGUUUCUUGAGCCAGCUUUGGACGAUCACAACGUUGGGUUCUUCUACUCUGCCAUCACCAACACCCACAAGAUACACGGAGAGGAGGGGCUAUGGGAACUGGCCAAGAGGUGCCACGAUUCCUACAUCAGCGCCAAGAACAGCAAGAAGCACCUCACCGACACCGCCGACCUCAACUUCCUCAUGUGCCGGGCCAUCGAGAACCCGCAGCUGACGACGGCGUCGGCGCUCCGGACGGCGCUCGUCUCCGUGUUCGAGGAGCCGGCCACCUACGACGGCCUGUCCGGCCUGCAGAGCAAGGCCGGCGUGGAGGAGUACGUCGGCUGCGCCACCGUGCACGGCAUCGGCCCGUCGAUCGGCGUGUUCGACUCUGUCAGGGACGGGCAGCUGGACUGCGCGUGCAUGUACCCUUCUCCUCUGCAUUCCAGGAAGCAGAUCCAGGAGAUGUUUGACAAGGUGAAGCUGAUUUUGCACGAAGGGUGCAACGCGGGUAUUGAGAAACUAUGA